CGGUUUCUUAUCGAAAUAGUUUACGCGAGGUUUACUUACGCACGUGGAAUUCUAUAAAAAAAGAAAUAUAGAAUAUAAUUAGAAAUAAAUUUACUCGUUUAUCAGUAUGACUCGAUUUGCUCGAGCUAAAGGUUCUAAAGCCUCAAACGAAAGGGCCCCUGAAGACAGUACACCAUGGGAAGUAAUGAAAGAACAACUCAUGCAGUCCAAAAAAGAAAAAGAGGAAGCAAGCAAAAGACAAGAGGCAGAAAAUCAACGUAUCACAAAUUAUGAAAACUUCCUGAAGGAACAGAAAGUGUCCAAGCGAAAAGCCACUUGGUGUGAUUUUCCUGAAGAAGUUCCCAAAAAACGGCUUUUACCUCUAAAGAAGCCUGCAGAAAAUAACCAGCAAGAAAAAAACAUUAAGGGUCAAGACAAUGGGUCUGUUGAGGUUACAGCUCAAGAAAAGACUAAAAAGAAGAAGAAGAACAAGAAUAAAAUGACCACAGAAAAACCAGAACCUUCUCAUAUUAAUGGAGUAAAUGGGUCUGCUGAAGCUACCAUACCACAAGAAAAAAGUAAAAAGAUGAAGAACAAAAAUAAAAACACUUCCGAGAAACCAGGAUCUUCUCAUAUUAAUGAAGUAAAUGGGUCUGCUGAAGCUACCAUACUGCAAGAAAAGAGUAAAAAGAAGAAGAAAAAUAAAUUAACAGAGACCUCACCAACAGAGGCAAAUCAGAGUGAUGUUACACCUCCUGAAACGGCAGCAUCACAAACUGAAAAGAAACAGAAGAAAAAAAAUAAAAAGAAGCAAAAGGGUAAUAGCAAUGGGAAUGUCCUACAAAUGCAGGCUCCUGACACUUCUGAGCAUAAAUCCUCUCCAAAUAAGGGCAAUCCAAAGCCUAAUGAAACUGACAAUAACAUGAAAAAGAAGACUAAACUGGUUAAUGGCAAACCUGUCAGACGAAAGGAAAUCAAUGACAAGAGUUUUCAACUGAUAAUAAACACUAAAGAAGUUGAGCUGGUUAGGUUUGAUGGUUUUCCAAUAAUGAAAAAAGAUGCUGAACGUCUUACAGAACUGAGGAAAAGUAUGAUUCAGAAAGGUAUUCCAAAGAGCGAGGUACAGCGGACCAUGAAAUUGGAAAGAAGGAGAGCUGAGAAGGCUCUAGCAAGGUUGAAGAGAGACGUAUGUUACAACUGCAGGAAAGGAGGACACAAUCUCUCAGACUGCCCUGAACUAAAGUCAAAAAUACCAGGAGUAGAUGCGGCUGAAGGAAUUUGCUUUAAAUGUGGGUCAACAGAGCACAGGCAGUUUGAGUGCAAGGUUCAGAGGGACAAUGAGUUUAGAUUUGCUACUUGUUUCAUUUGUAGGGAACAGGGUCACUUAGCCAGGCAGUGCCCAGACAACCCCAAAGGUUUAUACCCAAAUGGUGGAUCCUGCAAACUGUGUGGAGACGUCACUCACUUGAGGAAGGAUUGUCCUACAACGCAAGGCCAAAGGGAAGAUACAUCCCUGAAACUAGGCACUCUGGAGAGUGCAGACAACAUAGAAGACAUAGGCCAACAGGUAAAAGUUAUGAAUUCUACUGAAUCAGCGAAAAAGCAACCCAAGAAGAUUACAUUUUAAUGUUAUUGUUGGUCACUUAAUGUAAAAUAAAAAAAUACUAAU